AUGUCCCCAACUGCGUUUAGUCGUAUAUUCGGCUCCACAGUGAAUACAGUAUUUCGACGUUUUUUAUUAUCAUUAAUUCGAGCAACAUUAAUCUAUAUAAUAGCAUUUUUAUUUGUUCAUUUACCAACAUUUUGGAAUUAUGUAAUGACAUUGGGAAAAGAUGAUAAUAAAGUAAAUAAACAAAAAAGAAUUCGAGCAAAAUUAACGGAAGAUUCCGAUCCGUCAUCACCUUAUAGAGCUGUGGAAGUUCUUAAGAAACUUCGUACACAACCUGAUGAUGAAGUUGAAACAUUAGCUGACAUUCCUGAUCUUUGUCUUAAGAGACAUGCGAACAAAGAAACAAUGGGUGUUAGACAAAUUAUUGAUGUUGAAGAUGAAGUACAACCGAAUUCAAAAGUUUUUAAAAAGUAUGUUUUGGGUGAAUAUCAAUUUACAACUUAUCGUGAAGCUUGUUCUCGAAUUGAUUCAAUUGGUCGUGGUUUAUUAUCAUUGGGUGCUAAACAAGGUGAUAGAAUAUUAAUUUAUGCUGAAACACGUCCAGAAUGGUUAUUAUCAGCAUUUGCUGCUUUUCGUCAUGGUUUCACACUUGUUACACUUUAUUCAACAUUAGGAGAAGAAGCUGUUAAACACGCUCUCAAAGAAUCACAAGUUAAAAUUAUUAUUACUUCUCAAGAAUUAUCUUUAAAACUUGAUAAAGCGUUAGAACAAGCUGAGAAAGUUCGUCAUAUAAUUUAUUUUCCUGCUAUGGCUAAACCAGAAUCAGUUAAAAUUCCACAAGAUAAAACUAAUAUUGAAUUUAUUCCACUAAGUAAAUUAGAAGAACAAGGAAAAAAUGCCGAAAUUGAUGAAACAACAUUAAAUCUCCGACCUGGAAAAGAAGAUAUUGCAGUUAUUAUGUAUACAAGUGGAAGUACUGGAACACCAAAAGGUGUAUUAAUAAAACAUGAAAAUAUCAUUGCUGCAAUGACUGGUCAAAAAGAACGUGUUUUUCCAAUGGUUGAUCUCAAAAAUGAUGUUUAUAUUGCUUAUCUACCAUUAGCACAUAUUCUUGAACUUUGUUGCGAGAUUUUAGUAUUUUUUAUGGGUAUUAAAUGUGGUUAUUCAUCUCCACAAACAUUAACUGAUCAAUCUACAGCCAUAAAACGUGGUCAGAAAGGUGAUUUACAAGUACUUCGUCCACACUUAAUGACUUGUGUUCCAACCAUUCUUGAUCGUGUUCAUAAAGCAGUUAAUGAAAAAAUUAAUCAAUCAAAUUUUAUUACACGUCAAUUAUUUCAUUUAUCAUAUAAAAUCAAAGUUAAACGUUUAGAACUUGGUCUUGCAAGUCCACAUCUUGAUAAAUUAAUAUUUUCUCGUUUUAAUCAAAUGGUUCUUGGUGGUCGUGUUAAAACAAUGUUAUGUGGUGGAGCUGUUUUAAGUGAAGAUACUCAACGUUUUGUUCAAGCUGCACUUUGUGUUACACUUUUUCAAGGUUAUGGUCUCACAGAAACAUGUGCAGCUGGAACUAUUGCCGAUCAAUAUGAUGUUACAGUUGGUCGAGCAGGAUAUCCACUUGUUUCAUGUGAAAUUCGUUUAGUUGAUUGGGAUGAAGGUCAUUAUAAAAAUACGGAUAAACCAAAUCCACGCGGAGAAAUUCUUAUUGGAGGAAAAUGUGUUGCUGAUGGAUAUUUUGGUGAAGCAGCAAAAAAAGAAAAUGAAAAUUUUAAACAAAUUGGUGAUACAAGAUAUUUUUGUACAGGUGAUAUUGGAGAAAUAUUUACUGAUGGAACACUUAAAAUAAUUGAUCGAAAAAAAGAUUUAAUUAAAUUACGUGGUGGAGAAUAUGUUUCAUUAACAAAAGUUGAAAUGGCUAUUAGUAAAGUACCGAUUAUUGAAAAUAGUUGUUUAUGUGCAUCAGCUUCAUCCGAAUAUACUGUCGCUCUUAUUUGUCCAAAUACAAAAAAUAUGUCCAGUUUUUCUGAAAAACAUUUUGGUGAAAAAGAUUGGCAAAAAUUAGUUGAAGAGGAUGAAUUUAUUGAAUUAGUUCUUAAAGAAGUUCAAGAUGCGUGUAAAAAAGGUGGAAUUGAAAGAUUUGAAACUCCUCAACGUAUUAAAAUAGUAACUGAAGCAUGGACACCGGAAACUGGUCUUGUUACUGAUGCAUUAAAAUUAAAACGAAAAGCGAUUGAACAAAAAUAUAAAGAUGAUAUUGAAGAUCUUUAUGAAGAGAAAAAACCAAAACAAAAUUCCGAUAAAAAAAGAAUAUUAAAUAUUAAAAAACAAGAAAUAAAAGAUGAAAAUAAAUCUUUAAAUAAUCGAAUAACAACAUCAAAUGAAAAUCCAACUGAUGUUUCAAAAGAUAUUAUUUCAAAUGAUAAUAACAAAAAAAAAGAUUUAUAA